ACCUUCCGAAAGCACGGCAUGAAUGAACCUUCUUUUAUUCUCUCUUUUUAGGGAGAAGAAAAGAAGGAGAGUAGUGGAGCUGACUGAGAAGUUAGUGAUGAAUUUGGUAGAACUGGCGGAAGGUUUGAGAUUACCAGACAGGGGGAAGGUUACCGUCAGCUAUCUGAAGAAGCUAAUAUCUGACAUUUAAUGGCGACUCUAGGCUAGGGUCCAGAAUACCGAGCGGUCGCUCGUGAGUAGCUAACACGACUGUACGGUAAAACAUGGCUGGCGUUGUUCACCUGCGUGUAAAGUGAAAGGUUUUUAACUACCUUCUUACCGUCGACAUGCAAGCUAUUCACCUAGCCUAGCUGUCGGGAAAUGUCCAGCCGGGAGACGUAACCCGGAAAAGGGCAGAGGGUCAGAAACGCCCACAUGUCAGAGAUAUGCAAUAUGAUUAAAGUUAAUAUAAAGUUAAUGAAACUGUAAAAUAACACGUUAGAAGGACAGACAUUAAAACACAAGUGGAUGUUAACAUAGUACUCAAUGAAGCUGAUGGAGGAUUGCAAGAUUGAUUGUUUAUUUAUUUUGUGUUCAUGAGCCCAGUAGAUGUAGAAGCUUGUGUGUAAUAUCAAAAUGCAACAAUGCUAUUUAUAUGCAUGACAAAUACCAAUAAAAUACUGCAGAUGAUACGUCCUAAAUGUACUUGUAUUGUUGUCUGCAGGAUGGUGGUCGAUGGAGGCAGUGGACGCACCUGUGAGUGGGACGGUCGGUGGAACCAUAUCAAAAAGUUUCUGGAAAGGUCGGGGCCCUUCACGCAUCCUGACUUUGAACCCAGCACAGAGUUAUUGCAGUUCAUGCUCGAAACCUGCAAAAUCCUUGUCAUUGGUGCUGGUGGUCUGGGAUGUGAGCUACUGAAAGACCUGGCUUUGUCAGGUUUUCGAAACAUUCACGUCGUUGACAUGGACACCAUUGAUCUCUCAAACCUCAAUCGGCAGUUUCUCUUCAGGCUGACCGAUGUCGGUCGACCCAAGGCGAACGUGGCAGCUGAUUUCAUCAACAACCGCAUACCUGGAUGCUGUGUAGUCCCACAUUUUAAGAAAAUUCAAGACAUAGAUGAGACAUUCUACAGGCAAUUCCAUAUAAUUGUCUGUGGACUGGACUCUGUAGUUGCCAGGAGGUGGAUGAAUGGUAUGCUGCUGUCUUUGCUGGUGUUUGAGGAUGGUGUCUUAGACCCAAGUUCCAUCAUUCCUUUAAUUGAUGGUGGGACGGAAGGAUUUAAAGGCAACGCUCGAGUCAUCCUCCCGGGCAUGACCGCCUGCAUCGACUGUACCCUUGCGCUUUACCCACCUCAGAUCAACUUCCCCAUGUGUACGAUAGCCUCCAUGCCUCGUUUGCCAGAGCAUUGCAUCGAGUAUGUCCGGAUGCUGCUGUGGCCCAAAGAGAUGCCCUUUGGAGAUGGCGUGGUCCUGGAUGGGGACGACCCAGAGCACAUCCAGUGGGUGUACCAGAGAUCCCUGGAGAGGGCCGCAGACGUCAACAUCACAGGGGUCACAUACAGACUAACCCAGGGUGUUGUAAAGAGGAUCAUUCCUGCUGUAGCGUCGACAAAUGCUGUGAUAGCUGCUGCUUGCGCAACAGAGGUCUUCAAAAUAGCAUCCAGUGCCUACAUACCUCUCAACAACUACAUGGUCUUCAACGACGUCGACGGCCUGUACACCUACACCUUUGAGGCAGAGCGGAAGGAAAACUGUUCGGCCUGCAGCCAAGUACCUCUGGACUUGCACCUUUCCCCUUCUUCCAAACUCCAGGAGAUGUUGGACCACCUGACUGAGAGUGCCUCCCUACAAAUGAAAUCACCUGCUAUAACCGCAACAGUGGAAGGAAAGAACAAAACAUUAUAUUUACAGUCUGUAGCUUCAAUUGAACAGAGGACACGGCCAAAUCUGUCCAAAACCCUGACGGAGCUGGGCCUGAGUGACGGACAAGAGCUAGCAGUAGCUGAUGCCACCACACCCCAAACCAUGUUGUUCAGACUCUGCUUUACCUCAUAAGAUGAACUCAAGCACUCUCACAAUCAGUUGAUUUCAUUCUUGUUUCUAGGUCAACUCUGAAUGCAGCAUAUUUAAAUUGGCCUGCAAACUGGAACUGUUUACAGUGUGUUAAGUCACAGUGUAAAUUAGUGUAAUUUCAUUAUUUUAAUGUACUUAUUGACUAAUGUUUUGCACUGAAAAGCCAAAACCAUAGUUCAUACCACGACUUUUCUUUUGGCGAUACAUUAUCUGCUAAUGUUGAGGAUUUCUGCGUGCAAGCAAAGAGACACAAAAUGGUUACUUUGGUAAAUAUUAUUGUGUAAAUUUUUGAAUAUUUAUUUAUCCCCGCACAGUUUUGUUGUUGUUGCAGUAACCACUGAAGUGGAAAUUGGCAGACAAUAAUAAUGUGUGAACUGGAAUAAAAAAAAAAGAAGAGAUUUUCUUACAAA